AUGUAUAUAAGCACCGCAUUAUUCGCCAGUCAAGAAUUAUAUAACCUGAUUCCAUUGAACUCCAAUUUUGUUGUUGCAAUUGGAAAAUCACUAAGUAGCUUCAGUGAGAAUCAAACAAUCUCAUAUACCGCAAUCAUGUUCAGCCACGUUACCUUUGGGUCCAAUGAUCUUGAGAAAGCAAGAAAAUUCUACGAUGCCGUUCUUGGCGUCAUUGGUGUUGCUCCCGCACAGGAUGACAGUGAUGGAAAUGGACACAAGAGGUUGUUCUAUGCUAAAGGCGACUUUUUCCUUUUAGUCACUCAACCAAUUAAUGACCAAGCUGCCACUCCAGGUAACGGUUAUACCAUUGGUUUCAAAUGUGACUCUGAAGAAGAAGUUACAAAGUUCCACGAUGUUGCAGUUGCUAACGGCGGUACUUCUAUCGAGGAUGCACCUGGUUACCGUCCAUCGGGCUUGUUCUUGUCUUACGUUCGUGACGUCGAUGGUAACAAGUUGUGUGCCCUUUACCAACCACCAAAAUAA